AUGGAGUGCUCGUGGAAGACUCUACUUCUGCUCGUGUGCACGUCUUUGGGGGUGCAGUACACUGCCAUCCGUUCCCUCCACGACUCCUUCAGUGGCCCAUGCCAAGACUCCGCCCACUGCCAAGGACGCCAGGGUAAAGAGCAGAGAUGGAAAUCUCUCUGCGAUGACAGCCAUGUCCCUGAUGAGACUAGUGCUGUCACCGCUCGAAAGCACAUCCUUCUGUUUGCACAAACCCGCAGUGGCUCCUCAUUUACUGGACAACUUUUCAAUCAACAUCCUGGCAUAUUUUAUGUUUUUGAGCCUCUUUUUCACGUGCAGCAGGCCUUCACCAAUUCUAGUAGCCGUCUACAAAGGGCUUUAGAUGGCAGAGCUCUUCUGGGAGCCUACCGAGACCUCUUACUCAAUCUCUACAACUGUGACUUCAGCUUCCUGGAGAGCUAUAUUCGCCCCGAACCACAGGAUCACAUGACCGGAGCCUAUUUCCGCCGCAGCUCCAGUCACGCCCUGUGCACGCCACCCGUAUGCCAGGAAGGUGGCGAGGAGGUUCUGGCAGGCCAACCGGAUGAAGUCUGGUGUCCAAAAAAGUGCCAGGCCUUGAACCUCACACUAGCCUCUCAGGCUUGCCAAGCACGAAGUCACGUGGCCAUAAAAACAGUUCGUAUCCCAGAGAUAGGCGACCUACGUACGCUUUCAGAAGACCCCCGUUUAGAUUUGAGAAUUGUCCAUUUGGUGAGAGACCCCCGAGCCAUUCUCACCUCCCGCAUGUUUGCUUUUGCCGGUAAAUUCAGGGCCUGGAAGAUCUGGAAUGCCACUGGCCGCCAACCACGGUACGUGGACCUGACGCAGAUAACGAGAACUUGCAGAGAUAUUGAGUAUUCUGUGGAGACUAGCCUCCAAAAACCCACAUGGCUGAGGGGGAAGUAUCUUUUGGUACGCUAUGAAGACUUGGCCUUGAAUCCUGAGGAAAAGUCCAAGGAGAUAUACAGAUUUCUGGGACUGGACCUGCAUCAAAGAGUGCUCACAUGGAUUGUUCAUAACACCAACGGCACUGUCCCAUCUUCUUCAGAAUGGAACUACAAGUACUCCACUAAAAGAGACUCUAAAGCCACAGCUCAGAGCUGGAGAGUACAUCUGAACUUUGACAUUGUGAAGACAGUUCAAUCUCUUUGUAAUAGAACUCUUGCUCUGCUAGGCUAUAAGCUUGUCCAGUCUGUAGAUGAACUGAGGAAUAUAACAAAAAGUUUAAUGGAGCCUAGGACAUAGUAAAGUUCAUUUUUAUGUGAACUACUCAUUCAUUUAGAAGACACUUUUAUCCAAAGUGACUUACUUUGAAAGUGAAAGUGACAGUGACGUGACAUUCAGCCAAGUAUGGUGACCCAUACUCAGAAUUUGUGCUCUGCAUUUAACCCAUCCGAAAUGCACACACACAGAGCAGUGAACACACACACACACUGUGAGCACACACCCGGAGCAGUGGGCAGCCAUUUAUGCUGCGGCGCCCGGGGAGCAGUUGGGGGUUCGAUGCCUUGCUCAAGGGCACCUAAGUCGUGGUAUUGAAGGUGGAGAGAGAACUGUACAUGCACUCCCCCCACCCACAAUUCCUGCCGGCCCGGGACUCAAACUCACAACCUUUCGAUUGGGAGUCCGACUCUCUAAACAUUAGGCCACGACUUCCCUAUACACAGAA